AUGGCUCCUCCGACUCCUUCAUCCCAUCGGCCACGGAAGAGGAGAAAGUAUCCCACUGGCUCGAACAACUCCCUCAUUCUUGACGCUGAGGGUGGAAGAUCAUCCCCUGCGUUCCCUCUCGUCUCGUUCCUGUGGGCUGCUAGAGCUGGUGUAUCUCAAUGGCUGGUGCUACCUCUGAUCCUUAUGGUGGUAGGCCUCUUCCGUUGGGCUGUCAGCCUAUGGGGCUACUCUGGUUUUCAGGUGCCUCCAAUGCAUGGUGAUUUCGAAGCGCAAAGACACUGGAUGGAGCUCACCAUCCACCUCCCCAUCUCGAAAUGGUAUCUCUACGACUUGCAGUACUGGGGACUUGACUACCCGCCUCUGACGGCAUACCAUAGCUGGCUGCUGGGGAAGAUUGGAAGCGCUCUUGACCCCUCCUGGUUUGCCCUCAAUGAUUCGCGCGGCUUUGAGGAUCCAAGAUUGAAGGUCUUCAUGCGGGGAACCGUGAUGGCUUCCGAGUACCUUGUCUACAUCCCGGCCGUCGUUAAUUUCCUUCGUCGUUAUACUCGGAUGCAAGGUGUUCCAGUCUGGUCCGCCUCAAUUGCCCUCGUCGCGAUUCUAUUGCAGCCCGCAACCAUUCUGAUCGAUCAUGGCCAUUUCCAAUAUAACACUGUGAUGCUGGGACUUGUUGUCGCAAGUUUGGAUGCUAUAUUGGCCGGACGGAUGCUGUGGGCUUGUCUCUUCUUUGUCGGCGCCUUGGGCUUCAAGCAGAUGGCGCUCUAUUACGCCCCGGUCAUGUUCGCCUUUCUUCUAGGCGUUUGCAUCUUCCCCAGGAUACGAAUUCUUCGUCUUCUGAACAUAGCCAUUAUCACCAUCCUUGCAUUUGCACUAUUGUUUGCCCCGCUGCUGGUCGCCGCAACCAGUGCCGAAGGUCGUGGCUAUCUGAGUGCAUCUCCACAACCUCCUUUGCUCCAGGCUCUGCCUAUCCAGCUGUCAAAGGACUCAUUCCUAUACGCACCCAUCUUUCAGCUGAUGCAAAUCAUUCACCGUGUGUUCCCAUUCACCCGUGGUUUGUUUGAAGACAAGGUCGCCAACGCUUGGUGCGCCAUCCACACGUUCUACAAGCUUCAUCGGUUCGAGGCGAGCCUUCUCCAGCGCGUCUCACUUGGCGCCACACUGGCAUCCAUUAUAAUCCCUUGUGGGAUCAUUUUCCACCACCCGCGAGCAUCUCUACUUCUCCCAGCUUUGGCCAGCGUAGCCUGGGGCUUCUUCCUUUUCUCCUUCCAGGUUCAUGAAAAGAGUGUGCUGUUGCCCUUGCUUCCCAUGACACUCCUCCUUGCAAGUGAUGGCGGCCUGAGCAAAGACACCCGGGCCUGGGUUGGAUGGGCCAACGUCCUGGGCUCCUGGACCAUGUAUCCUCUUCUCAAGCGCGACGAACUCCGGAUCCCGUACUUCGUCAUGACGGGUCUCUGGGCCUAUCUGAUGGGUCUUCCACCGACUUCCUUUGAGACAUAUCGCAGCCGAACCCCUGUGGGCGAAUCAGGUCCUGUCUCCGAGCCUCGCAUACUCACGAAACUGCUGCAUUCUUGCUUCUACCUGGCCAUGAUCGUUUGGCAUGUCCUCGACGCAUUUGUGCCUCCACCGGAGGGCAAGCCCGAUUUAUGGGUGGUGCUGAACGUCCUGAUUGGCGCGGGUGGAUUUGGCAUUGCUUACCUGUGGUGUAUGUGGAGACUGAUCACGCAAUGCUGGCAGAUUGAUCGCAAGGCAGCAGAAGAGGAGAGCCGGAAAAAGAAGCAGUGA